AAAGAGACGAGAAGGCGCCACGUGCGGGCCUGCGUUCCACCGGGGGCGGGCGCUCUGCGCCGCCCCACAACUACAUACAUACCCACCUCAUGGUUUAUUGACAACGAGCGAUAAUAAGCAUGAUGUAGACUGGAAACCGUUGAUCAUCGAUCCCGACCCAUUCGCAUCAGACGAUAACUUAGAUGUCUUAGCCAAGGAUCCUCAAUACCUGGAAAUCAAGUCUGAGGAACCGGACACAAUGAGUACGGGUGAAGAUGAACCAUCGUCUGGUUUAAAUGGAAGAUUGAGACCACGGAAGUCUAAUGCCAGCCCAAAAACAACGCCAACUAUACAAAAGCCGGAAACGAAACAGCUUAACGAAAAGCCUAAACGAACCAGUACCCCGUCCAAGGUUUCACCCGCUAAGCCAGAUGAUGUUUCAAACAAAACUGCGGUAUCGCCCGUUUCACAAGUCCUCUGCUCCUUCUGCGACAAGACUUUCGGGGGCCGACAGGCAGUCGCGAAACAUGUCAAACGCGUUCACUCUUCAACAUCGAAACAUGACUUCUCCAUUCAAUGUCUCUAUUGCAACCACUCUGAAACCGAACCAAAUGAUAUCAUUCGGCACAUGAUAGACAGCCAUCCAAAUCAGUACUUCGCAUGUCUCAAUUGCCAAUCUCGAUUCUCGUCUACGAGUGAAUUGGCAGAACACAAGCUAAAUGUGUGCGAGAAACAGAAGCCGCACUAUCGAAAUAAACUUCGCCAAAAAUCGCCAAAAAAGACUAAAUCGCACAAGAUCGACGGUAGGCACGAUUUUCGACAAGACAGCAAGCAGCUCUCGGAGAACCAUGGGUUCAAUGGCAUCGUGAUCUCCUGUGAAUUGAAGCCAUCCCAUGUGCACGAGGCCGAUAUUGAAGACAAUAUACCAACCAAUCUGAUCCUUCCGCCCAGCAAGAGUUUGGCUAACGCACCAGUGAUUGAGAAAAAUGCAGUCAUCGUGCUGGAUCCACUGCAGAUUUCCACUGCAAAUCUGCAAUGGAACAAAAGAAUUCCCACGAAUUUUAACUUUCACAACACCGAUGCCGAUCAAAUAUUAUCGCGAUUGGGGGUGGUCCACCGCGGUCCACGAACCGGCGAACCGAACAGACGAGACUGGCUCAAGAUUAUCGACGAAACGAACCAAAAAUUUGAGAGGUGCUUCGAUACCAGUUUCUACUCCAAAGUCGCGAGCAAUGUCCAGGAGAAUCUAGCCAAAUUUCUCGACGGGUCCUGUAAUUUUAACCCUGAUCCCGACAAUACUAUCAAAACUAGGAAGUUAAAAAAUAGUGUCGCGAUCAACACCGCCGAAGGUUUCCCGAUCUUGCUGGCGUUCGAGCAGUACUCGCGAAAUGUGUUCGACGGCUACAUGCCCCGAUCUAUCGCACCGAAGCACAAAUGGAAGUGGGACAAUCUGGAGCACGACAAGACUCUCAGCCCGGAACAAAUAAAACGCGACUCGCACGCCAAUAAUUGUAUAAUUACGCUGGUGUCGAGUUUGGAUAUCUGGACUCAACUGUGUAUGCGGCAAAAAUUCGAGGACAAAUUUAAGACUGCUCCGAUCGAGAAGAAAGCUGAGAAGCAGAAUAUCAUCGGUAAAGAGCUCAAAGAAAUACUCGAAAAGAGGGAACUACCGACGCCGUCGUCCCAGGUGGUGAAGUACGUGAAUCCGUCGGUGACUCAACGCGAUGACUUAGAGUUCCCGGCAACGCUGGGCCUAGCCCCGGCGACGCCGAACCAUGACAUAAAACCGGCCGUAUUGAGCGGAGAAUGGGUGCGGCCAAGAUGCUACAUAUGCUGUGCCUGCGGAUUCCAGGCGAGGGACUCCAGAGCGCUCACGUCGCAUAUCACGACCCAACAUCCCAAUGCACAAAUACAACAUUACGAGAUCGUGGGGGAGCGCCUGCUCAAUUCUGAUAUUUCGAAGCACCUGUACGUGCCGCCGAGCCAGGUGAACGGUAACAGGACGCGUCCUUUGCGAGGCUUCAGGGAGUGCACCAAGUGUAAGAAGUCCAUCAGUCUGGAGGAUUUGCACCAGCACAUGUUGGACUGCGCGGGCGAUACGCCGACGGUGCGCAGGAAGUGUCGCGCCAGGCCGUUCGGCGUUCGCAAGCGACGGACGCGCUUACCCGACAACACUAUCCGCAAGAAAAUACGUAAAGACAUCAGGACGAGAGACCGACAUCGAAAGACCCUCAUGAGACCCCGACAAAAAAAUCGUUCUGAUGUUGGUGAUGCUGAAACUAUAAGAAAAAUGUUGGCAGAUUUACCAGCCAAACGACAUCGAGUUUUGGUAAAUCCGUUGAAUUCCAACUUGCGACCACGAAGAAAAUUUGACAAACAAAGGAACAAAUUAAAAAUGAAGAAAAUUAUCACAGACGAUGUCAAUAAGAAAUCUCAGGGUAAUGUCCAAUCCUCAUCCUUAAAUGUUGGGAUCGAGAAACUGAAAGCUGCCAAUCAAAAGGAAGGCGAUUCCAGAAUGACAAAAAGUAAUACUAACCAGGCGUCUAACCGCCAAAACAGUACAUCAAAAAGAAAUUCUCCUUUGAACACCAAAAGGACCCUACGUUUAAGACAAUCUAAAGGAACAAGUGAUCAGGGUAGUGAUGGAAAAAAAUGUGCUGACUCUGGGGACAAAUCUGGUAGCACACGAUCUGGCAGUGGAGGUUCAGGAGAAGCUCCGUUCAAUACGCGGGAAAAUGGAAAUCAAUCAAACACUUCAAACGGACAUGAUAAUCAACAGCCUGGGUGUAGCCGGCAAAAUGACAAUAACCGUGAAUCGACAGGCCAGCCACCUAAUGUCCCGUUGAAACAUUCAAUAGCAAGAUUAACGGCUAACACUGGAACUCAUGAUAAAUCUGUACAAUUUCAUCAUCUAUUUCUUGUUCAGCAAGAAUGCAAUAACAUACCGCAACAUGUACCGACUAGACAAAGAAUUCUUUUUGAAAACGAAGCAGCUGUGACAAAAUUAGACAAACCACCAUUAAAUAAUAAUCACGGAGGAACUAUGGACCCCACGGCACAAAAAAGCAAAUUAAAUAAGCCUCGUAAGGGUUUGAACGAUUGUAUUGCAAUGCUAAAAAACAAAUUGGUGGAGCCAUCUUCACAAGAACAAGUUUCUAUACAGUGUGACAUUGAAAGUCCGUCUACCUCAAAAGCUCCAGCUAAAAACUAUAAACCACCUACCCAAGCAAGCGAAAAAAGUAAAGUGACUCAUGAAAUAGCCAUACAAUGUGCUGAUCUUGACAGCGACGAACCAUUAGCUCAGGCCUUAAUGAGAGAACGAAGAGCAAGUCAACGACAGCAAGCCUUGGCCAAUAUUGCUAAACAAGCAGAACGUGAUGCAAAUGUACAAUCUACAUCACAAGGACGACAAGAAGGCCAAGUCGAGGAGUCUCCUAAAAAAGAUAAAGCUAAAUCAAAGACAGCAGUUACCGAUACGCCUAAAAUUGAAAUAGCUGCACAAUCCAAUCAAAAAAAUAGGCAAAAUAACGAUGGCACUUUGGAAAUAGAUAAAGGAAAGAUUGAAGUUUUGAGAGCAGAAAAUUACGUUACACCGUCUGUACCAUUAAAAGGCCGGAAUGAUUGUCAACAGGAACAAACAAAGAACCUCAAAGAAAAAGAAAAGGUGCAACUUGCAGAAUCUAAUAAUAGCGCUGUAGUUUCUAUUGCUAAUGUAUGUCAAAAUAAUUAUAGUAAAAAUGAUACAAAUAAAGAGACAACGAAACCUAAUGCUAUCCCUGAGAGCCCUGAGUGCCCAGCGCAGAAUAUUUUACCAAAAAAGAAAAGGAAUCUCAAAGGACAUCAGGAAAAUUUAAAAAAUGAAAAAGCCCCUUCUUUCCAAGGCAAACCUACUGUGGAAAAGAAAGAAAAAAUGACUAAAGAAACUCAAAAGAAAAAUAAAGGAAUUGGCAAGAAACUCUCCAACACCGCAAUCAAGAAGGUCGCUAAUUUACCAAUCCAACCACUCGUUUCAGAGAAAUCAAUUUUGCCAGAAACGAUUGCUUCACAUGCCAUUGCAAUUGAAACUAAAAAAAAAUAUCCAAAAAGAAAUAAAACCAAACUAGAAACUAUUUCCCUUGUGACUACUAAAGUUCUAGAUGUCAGAGCAGAAAAACCAUUCCAAACCAAACCUAAAGAAAAUCCAAAAUUUAAAAAAGCUGUAGACAUACCUAUAGUUUUUACCGAAGUUACAAAAGACGAAUCAAAAAAUCCUGAAAAGACUCCUUUGUCCGAACCACAAAAAAAUAUUCCUAGUAAACAAAAAAGUGACGCUGUUAUUCCUAGAACACAUGACAAGGGAGAUAAGAAGUCUGAACCUAAACCUCUCAUAUCUGAAAAUUUAUUGCCUGAAGUUACAAAGACUGAUAGUAUUAUUAAAAGUAUAGAAAAGGAAAAUGGUACUCAAAUAGAAAUUCAUUCCCAAAAAUCUGAUGAAUGCCACAAGAACCUUGUACCUGUAAUUGCCGUUGCUUCAAAUAGUACGAUGGAAACACAAGCUUCGUUAGUUGAGCCUAAUACGGAAAAUAGAACACCUAAAGAGGACGAUAGUAGCGUAUACAGUUUUAAACAAAUACCUCAAAAUUUAACUAUUCAGGACUCAUGCGAAGAUUUAUCUAUGAAAGAGCAAACUGAGUUACAUCCGGAUAUCCCGCCUGCUCAUUGUAAUAUACAUAUAGAUUCUAUUAUACCUAUUCCUUUGGAUUUAUCGGGAAAAAUUUCUUCAACGCAGUCAGAAUCGCCAGCGCCCUAUCCUAUUUCCAGCUAUGACGAUACUUACGAAACACUAGACUUGUCGAAUAAAAAUCCUAAUAGGGAUUCGACAUUUAAUAGAGUUUACAUUGAUGAAGAGGUUGUUGAUCUUCGCGUCAAGUACCCUUCUCAUAUGCAUUAUGAAUCCGAUCUCUCAAUGCAGUCGAUGUCGGAAGAAGCUACCGAUUUAUCGAUAACAAAUGAGCAACUGCCUAAAGAUUUAUCCUUAAAAAGCACAAAUCGUAGUUCUUCAAGAAUAUGUGCAAUGCAAGGUGCCGAUUAUUCGAAUACGGCCUCUAACAGAAGUAAUUAUGAGUAUUGUAAUACGUCGAAAACGUAUGAUGAAAAUGCAUGUCUAGAUUUUAGUUUGAAAGAGACUGCGCAUAUUAACCAUCCAACUGAUUUAUCUGGAAAAAGGGAAAGUCGAAUUGAACCACUAGUGUCCACAUCUUCCCAUAUAGAAAAUAGAAGUACUUUAGAAAGUAACAGUAACGUUUCCGGAACAGCAAAUAUCAGCAAUACAUUGAACUACAAUAAUUCUAGAAUGAGCACGUAUGGGGCUUAUAACAAAUUAGCAGCUGAAGAAAUGAUAAAUCACAGCGAUCGCACCUAUAUAAAUCCAAACCCUAUAAUAAGUUUAGAGCAUAUACCAAAAGAUAGCUAUGAACCUGCGAUAAAUCUUUUAAAACGCAAAACUUACCUUGAACCGGAAGACCUAAUUGCUGCACAAGAAUUAACAAAAGAUUAUUAUUUACCAACAAGAACAAAUGUAUCGUCAGGUAUAAUCAUAUCAGAAAGUAACGAGCAACUGACAAAAUAUACGAAGGAAAACUACACAUCUAUAACUAAGAUGCCACUUUGCAUUUCAGAAAGUGUAAAGACAUCUAUCCCGGAAUAUAAUUUGAGCAAUCGUGUUAUUGUAACGUCAACUAAAAAAUAUGAAAGCACUACGCCAGUUUAUACUCACGCUAACGCUUGCAUUUCUAUUUCAAAAGUGGAGACUAAUAACUCUGACUCUCUAUCCAAUUCAUUCAUGAGUAUCCCCGGAAAUACUAUAACAAAUACAACUUCAGUGUAUACAUUAGCAGGAACAACCACCGGUAAUACGAUUAACUACGGUGCGGAAUGCAAUGCUAUAAGUAUCGAUAUUCAAUCGCAAUCAUUGAAAAGUGUGAAUGAUGUUAUGGAAUCAUCAUAUCAAACGACUGCUGAAUCUGCAGAGGUUAUUGUUAUAGAAGAUAAACUACAGUGUGAAACAGAUAGAAAACAAGAGAAUUUGGAUCAAGACCCAGAUAUUGCUAAGAAAAUAGCUUUAUUGCCUAAGGAACUCGUAGAAAUAUUGGGUACGAUGCCUGUAGAUCACCGUAAACAGCUUUUAAACGUCUUACCGCAGUACGUAUCUACUGCAAGUAAAUCAACAACACAUUUAUCGAAUAUCGAUCAAGGUUAUUCACAAAAAUCGAUGACUUCAAAGAGUUCAUUAUCACCAGAUUUGAACAAGACGCUUCAUUCUAAUUUAGAUGCGACGGAUGAUAAAAGACAACAAUUACACAUCCCCACUACACCUCCAUCGACAUUACCCGCUCCGUCGUCUCAGCUGUCACCAACAUCUAUAAGUAGUUCAUUGUUGUUAACACCACCAACUCCAAAUAUAGUAAGGCAGGUAAUAAAUGUACAAAGAGACUUAAAAACUGCUGAUUGUGAAUCCUCUAAGAAUAUUAAUUCUAAUAUUAUAGACCUUACGGAAGACGACAAUUCACAAACAAUGCCUGAAGCAGAAGUACAUACGACUACAGAAAUAACAAACAUACAAACAUUUACGUCGAGAAAUGACAUACAGUUAAAUCCUCCAAAAUCAAGUGCUACAAAAACUAACAAUGAUAAAACAGCGAGCUUACGGGCAGUUCGUAUUAAAACACAAUCUGAAAGACAGAGGUCAAUUUUUCCAGACAUUAAAGUAAGAAAGGACUCUAGUGAAGUUCCUGUUACUCCUUUACAACAUAUUGAUACAAGAGACAAGGUGGACACAAAAGGCUUAAAGAUUCAGCAAGGAGAAAUAAGCAGCUCUCAAUGUAUUAACAAAAAUAUAGAAUGCGAAAUUUCAUCAUCAGUGUCUUUAAAUACAGAACUCGAAGUUAAAAGUGAUGAAUAUUUAAAAGCUGGUGAAAAAGAAAUAUUACAACCAAACAUGAUUGUUGGGACAUCUUGUGAGGUAGGAACUAACCAAAUAUUAGACCGAGUAUCUACCUACAAAAGAUAUGAUGUUUGUAGCACUACCUUAGAUAAAAGCAAUGAUUCUGAUGAUAGCAAAGACACCGUACAAGUUUCUACUGUUUGCCCCACGCCCAUACAAUCGGAUAACAUUAUAUCGAAUAAUAAUAACGUUGUUUUAAAACCUAAAAAAGAUAAUGAUAUUAUAUUAUCAAGUGAAGUAAAAGGCGUUUCAACUGAACAAAUUACAAAAAGCUCCGAUGAUGAUUCUUCUGAUGAUGACGUUUCCUUAGCUGUCAUUGUAAAGCAAAGAAAUCGUGACAAAUUGGAUCUCAAAAUCGAUAUACAUCCUUCGGACAAUGAUGUCAUCACCAAUAGCAAUUCUGUAACAUCGUCUGUCAGUAGUGCUGAAAUAAAAACAGAUACGUCAGACGCAUCAAAAACUGAUGUUCCAAUAUCUGAAGAGUCUGAAUUAAAAGUUCUAAAAAAUACUAUUACCGAUCCAGUAAUGAUUGAUGUAAAAAAUAAGAAGAAGAGUCGUAAAACACGUCGUAGUUUAAGUGUACUGAAAAGUUUUCAGCAUACAACAGAUAACGAUUCUGAUAUAAAUAAAGAAAACACGAAGAUAUUGCAUAGUGAAAAUACAAAAAAUAAAGAAGAUGACAUUAAACUAACGCAUAAAGAACUUGAAAGUGUGUGUGUUUCGUCUUCUAACAGUGAAAAGGAUAUAAUAAAAAUUAAUGCAUCUCACUCAGAUGAUACGCAAAAUAAAAUCCUCGAAGAGCAAGAUUUUCCACAAAAAGCUAUAUCUGCAAAUGCCAUUCCGCAGGUCGAUUCUUCUUUAGAUAAGUUAAACAAGAUUAAACUUUUGGAACUUACAGCUGAUGUACAAACGUCUAUCAAAAAUAUUUAUCAUAAUUCAUCGCAAGAAACAGCAAACCCUGAUAUUAGUUUGCAAAAGUCACUGAAUACAAAAGUGGUUAGCAAGAAAGUUGAAAUUAAAAUACCAUCUACAGAUAAUAUUGACAAAAUGUCUUGUGCUGAUGCUAUCGAAAAUGAGCCACUUAGAUUAACUGAAAGUGGCACAGAAAGUAUCACUGAAAGUCUGAAACAACAACAAAAUACUAUUACUCCCUUGAGAAGAAGUAGACGGGGAAAGUCACUUUUUAUCGAUAGCAACGUGGUAAGUGCUGAGGAAUCUUCUGCAUCUGUCGAUAUUAUUUCAGAGCAAAAAAUGCCGUUGACCAAAAAACAGCUUAUAUUUUCAAAACUUUUACUAGACGAAGAACAUAAUGUACCCCCUGUUUCCAAUAAUUGUGAAAAAUUAGAUAAUCAAGCAAAAGCCGAACAAACUUCAAUUAGUUCACCUAAUGUUGGUCUUGACCAUAUCGUACAAAAUUAUGUAAGUGAUAGUAAAAUUGAACAGCAAGCAUCGGAUUCAUUAGCUAAAACGAAUAAGCGUAAAAAAUCGGUACAAGUAAAAAAGAUAAAUAAAAAGAAAAAGUUACAACAAGAGUGUUCCACGUUAACUGAACAUAAAAAUCAACUUAAAGAUGAUAACAUUACAACAUUAAAAAAGGACCAAAAAUUGGUAGUACAAAAAUUGAUUGAAACAUUGAAAGACGACAUCGUUCUAUCAAAAGAAAAACACAAUUCUGAGGAAAGUUCUUCAACGACACCAGACAAAAAAGAUGCUUUAGUUAAAAAAAGUAAAAUAUUGAUUGACAACACCUUAGACACAACUUUUAAUGAAGUUGAGAAACUAGAAAGUAAAAAUAGUUCUGUUGAAAAAAGAAAACCAGAUGAGGCUUCUGACAUUGAUUCUGCGAUGACUUCCUUGCCUAAAAAAAGUAAAAUAAACGACACUAAUAAAGAAGAAGUACAAGUAAUCCCUAAAAAUCAAGAAGAUGUUCAAAGUAAAAAAGUUUUAAUAAACCUAGACCCUAAAAUUGCUGAUAAUAAAGUUAAAACACGCACAACCUGUUACAAUAAGCCUAUCGCAGCUAAGAGACCUCGGUCUAAAUCUGUAUUUGUCAAUUCUUCAGAUUACUAUGAUCCUUACGACAUUGACUUAGAAGAAAUGAACGAGACACCAAAAUUCAUAAAUCGGAAACUGUCAUUGAGGAAACCUUCGAAGACUCGAAAAACACCAAAUCUCCCUAAUAAAUCUCAUGUUAAAAACAAACGCCUGUCUGAGGGCUGUGAUGCUGUACCUUCAACAAGUAAAACUUUAGCGGAUGUUGAAAAGACACAAAAUAAAGAGGAUAUACAAGUUUCAAAGAAAACAUUAGUUGACACCAAAGAGAGCAUCAGUGAUUCUGAUGAUUCUUCAAAAAGUGAUGUUCCACUUAAAAAGUAUGUAGAAGAAAAAGAAAAGAAGAUGUUAGAUAAUAUAGAAAAAUCAAAUAUCAGUAAGCAAGUUGAUAAUAUCAAAGACUCCCGUACAUCAACCAAUUCCAAAACAAAGAAAAAAGUAAAACGAUCCAAAGAUUUAAAUAACAAAACUGAGGAAACUAAGAAUCAAAAUGCAGAAAAUGAGGCACAGCUGCGAUCUGAGCAAUUUAUGGAAAGUUUUGGAUUCUUUUCAGAAAGGAAACCUAGAAAAUCCAAUUUGUUGGCUACGAAGAAAAUAUCAGAGACACUACACAUCAUUGCUAAUGAAACGGAUGAUGUUUAUUUUGGGUUAAAGGAACGAAGUAAUAAGAAAACGUCCGAGAAACGUCAAGUCGAUGGAGAAAAAAGUAAAGGUAAUUCAAAUUCAAAAGAAACAAAGCAAGAUAAGAAAGCUGCUAAACGUGGACGGAAGAAGAAAAAUAGCACUUUGAUAGAGUGCUCAUAUUGUCAACUAUGCAAAAAAGAAUUUCGAAGACCAGAUAAUUUCCUUAGGCAUCAGAUGUCAGUAGCACAUGUAUCUAAAAUAUCAGAAAUUGAAUUAAACGUAAAGGUUCCGAUUGCAGAAGAAGAGCCCAACUAUUUGCUAGCAUUUAAGCUACAACUUGAUAGGGUAAAAAUGCUUCAUGAAAAAAUAUCUACGAGAAAAAAGUUGUCAUUGCCCACUUACGAUAUUAUUAUACCAAAUCUUGAGGAAAUGUUAGCUGAUGCCAAGAGAUCAGUCAGAGAAAAGCAGAUUUGCAAUCGUGGGUUAAGCAGAGAUGAAGCUUUGUUUAUUGAUUGUUGUGAACUUUUAAAAGGGUCUCAUAAUAAAAAUGUGAGAAAGGUAGAAAGAGUUCGACAUUGCAGUAGUUUAAACUGCACUCAAUCUUCGACAAAUGAGUUGGACUGGUUUUCUAGAAGCAUUGAUGAUACUACUGAUCACAAGAAUGAUGGCGAUGUUGAUUCUAUUACGGCUCGCAAUAUUCUAGAAAGUGAUGAAGUUCGGAACUUAGAAAAAGACCUUUUUUCUGGACUACAAGAAGCAGCGAAAGCUACUAAACGAAAUAUAGCUACAUUUAAUUUUGAUAACUUGCGGGAGAUAAUACCUGACGGAAUAAUAAAGCUAGCUACAUCUGGCUUAGUAAAUGCCAAUUACGGCAAAAUAGAGAAAGAUCAGAAAUCAUGCCAACCAAAGAUAGCUCCUAAACGAAGCCCGGAAUGCAAACAAAAGUCGCACCAACGAAGCCCAGAAUAUAAAGAAAAGAUGUAUCCAGAUAUAAAUAUUGAAAGUAUUGAUAUGUUUGAAGAUAAGUUUGAUAAAAUCAAAAGAAAAUGCAGAUCUCAAGCGGCAGCAGCUAGCAAACAGCCACAGGCCACUCCAGAGGCAAAUGCCAGCUACAAGAUACGAAAAAAUAAAAAGAAAGGGAAAAAGAAGAUAAGGAAUCAUCAAAAUACAGUGCUUACCAAAGCUGCAUUAAAAGGUUUCGAUGGAAUAAAAGUAUCUAUUGUAACCACCGAAAUCAAUAUGUCCGGAAUAAUGUCAUCGGCAAGAAAGUCAUCCAAGAAAAAGAAAAAGAACCAGUCUAAAAGAAAACGAGAACGAAAAUCUUCUGAGGUAAGUAGCAAGACUUAUGAUAGCAGACAAGAUGAUCCACCGCCGAAGAAAUUGGAUAUUUAUGAAUUCAUGGAUACAGAUGACGCUGAGAUAUUCGAUUUCCGCCCGUCAACGAUUAUGGAAAGAUUUAAAAGUAUCAGUAACAAAGAAAUACCGAGUACAUCAAAAAAUAUUGCGAAAUACAACGAAGCUGAUGUAUCCAGUGACAGUGCUUCCGACGGCGAUGACUUUGUGUACAUGUCUGAUGAUUACGUAUGCAGCGAUGACGAAACUGAAAACAGCGUAAUAUCGUGUGAAAUUAAAAGUAUUGUUGACCAAAAGAAGUCGCCGCACAAAAGAAAAGAUACAACUGAAAAAAGUGCUGUAAUGGGUAAAAUAUUUAAGCAUAAUGCACUACGGACUGAGAAGAAAAUAUCUAAAAGCAACGACAUCGAGCAGCCCAAAGCCAAUUUAGACCAAUUGUUUGACAGCUUGCUAGAAGAAAAACCGCAAAGCUCUAAACCAAAUGAGACUAUUACUUCUAAAUGUAAUGAAAUUUCAACACAACAAUACUCGAAGGUUCCUUCUCCGAAACAAGCGAAUAAAUCCGAUAACGACUAUGAAUAUGAUAUUCCCAAAUACGAUGACGAUAAUUUCUAUACUGCAAAAGAUGAUGGUAUCGAAAUGCAGGCAUCAAAGGUUGCCAGAAGAAGUACGAGCUUCAGUAAGAACCGUCGAUCCACCACACCAACCAAAAGGCCAGUCCAGCCCAGCUUAUACGCAAUACCGCCUACAGAGGACCCCGACACAAUAGAAGCCAACAAGUACAAGGACUCCCUCGGUAGCCUUUACUCCGAACGCUCUACCACAAAAAAUAUCACGCCUCCACGUGAUGAACUCGACAAAUUUUUGAAGAGAAAACAAACGAUUGCUUCACCGGAAUCCAUGGACGAAUCGAACUCCGACGACGCCUCCUACAACCGACGCAAGUCCACAGAGAAGCCGCGGGACAGCAGGAAGAUGAAACCGGUGAAGUCGCACGACAGGGAGAGACGAGUGAGCUUCGACUGCAACUCGGAGUCCCUGGACGCUGCCAACAUGUCGGACGACGCGGGGGUCGCGCGGCAGAGGGUGAGACGGAAGUGCACCGUCGGGAAACAGAACAUCCUGGCCGAGACGUGGAGCUCCGAGUCGGAGCCCGACGGCAUGCCGCCGCGGCCGAACAGCGCGGAGUCCGUGGUCGGCACCAACCGGCGACGGAAGGGUCGCAAGAGGGAGGGUCAUUCCGGGAAGAAGCCGAAACUGGCGAAGAGGACUGAAGUCGAGAGAGCGAGCAAAGGCGAAAGUGGAGAGUACGAGAGCAGCGCGCGGGGUUUCGCAAGACCGGGGCCGAGUCUGACCGCGCAGGGCCUGGCGAGGAAGGGCCGGCCCGCGCCCUCGUUCUGGUCGGAGGGCGAGGAGCAGGAGCACGUGCAGCAGCACGGCUGGAUCGUCGGCGACAGCCACAAGAAGCUCGUCACGAUGCUCGCGCACGCCAAGGGCCGCAAGCGCGACGACAAGCGGCCCCUGCUCGAGUGAACCCUCCCACGAAAUCCUGUAAAUAUCUUGUAAAUAAUAAUUUAGUUCGUUACGUAUGCCACUCUCCAUGGCGUCGACCAGACCCUUACGCUAAAUGAAUUGAGUUUUGUAAAUAAUGUACAUCUUUUUAUAGUUCGUUUAGUUAAAUUUUAGCGCUGCGAGGACUGUAUGUUUUGUGUUGUGGCCUUGCAGUGAAAUUAUAGCGAAAUUGAUAUAUUUUGACGUACCACAAAUUAUUUUCUAUAUUAUAUGAAUAUUUUAUUUAUUUUACCGUUUGUGGUAGAGGGAACGAAUCGGUCAUGUUUUUUAUACUUUAAAAUAUAACAUUG